GAAAAACAUAUUGCUAGUCAGUUUGCAGAACUGACCAAGACCUGAUCUGAUACAUAAAAAAGGAACACAGUUAAAUAAUUUGGUUGAUUUUGCGUCCGUUAUCUUGUAAGUUAUUUUAUAAAGAGCGUCGACAUUUACUCGAGAAGAAAACCUCUAAAAAGCCAUGAAUGCUUAUAAAAUAUCACUGUUUUUUGUAUGGACAUACUUACUUCUGGACACGGCCGAAGGGAUUCCCUUUAGCCUCUGUGAGUACAUCAUCAACGGGAGCACGUGCGAGACCACGUGUCAGUACGAGGUUCGCCACCAGUGGGGAAUUCCCCUGUGCAUGAAUGGAGAGAAAUGCUGCCUUCCAAGCUAUCUGGUCCCAAGACUUCGCCCCCGGACGACCACCACGACGACGGCAGCUCCCGACAUGGAGCCGAUCCUUGAAAGCACGUGCGGUAGGGGACGCCCCCUCUCUCGCAUCCGCCGCGUGAUCGGCGGACAGCGCUCGCAGCAAGGGGCGUGGCCGUGGCAGGUGGCCAUACGUCAUUUCACGGGGCUCUACCUGUGUGGGGGCGUGGUUAUCCGUCACCGAUGGGUGCUGACGGCGGCUCACUGCUUCCAGGGACAAACAGAUGCCAGACAUCUUCGCGUGUAUGCCGGGGACCAGACGCUGUCGUUCGAACGGAAUGGCCGCUCCAAGACGAAGAACAUCCGGCGCAUUAUACAGCACGAUGAUUUCCGAUCCAAUGUUGCGGAGAACAUAACCGACCCGCGAACCGGACUGGCGUCACUUAUACGACGUCAUCACCACGAUAUCGCACUAGUGGAGCUUGAAGAACCCCUCGUGUAUAACGAGCGACUGAGCCCCGCAUGCCUACCAAAUCCAAACCAAGUGACAGCGCCCCUGGCUCCUAAUAGCUGCUGGGUGUAUGGCUGGGGCGAGGACAACAACCGGCAAGAGGGCCCAAUCGCGCACCUGAGUGAGGUAAAUGGGGACAUGUUGCAUAGCAACGAGUGCUCGCGGAGGUGGGGCGCCAACUUUACAGACGAUGUCGUCUGCUUCACGACCGGUGACCGGGGACCGUGCAAGGGCGACUCCGGGGGCGGUAUGACGUGCACGUACGGAAAUGACGUCUCUGUGCUCGAGGGAAUCAUCUCUUGGGGCCGCGAAGAUUGUAUCCACGACGACCAUCCUAGCGUCAUGACGCGCGUCGCAUCAUACAUAGAGUGGAUAAACUCGUUUAUUAACCAGUGAUUAACUGUCUUAAAACGCUUUCGUCAACUUCUACUAACAAGUUAUGUUAGCCAGGGAAUAUUUGAUAAUUAUUUUAACUCUCAAAUAAAUCAACACUUUGAUAUAAUAUAAACAUUUAUACAUUUUAAGUGUUUGAAAAAAAGUGACUAAAAUAUAUGGAUUUAUGAAGCGCACUUCAUUUAGUUUUUGUCACUAAUAUUUAUUUACAAUUUGCUCUUGAGUGGCGGCUUUCUUGAAUGCAAGAUCUUUCAUUAAUUAAUCACAUUUUAAUGUAAAAAAACGGUGUCAUUUAUAAACUUUGCUCGAAAUUACAUCGGAACCGGGUCUAGGUCUUUAAUUAAUUAAAGAGUUGAUUAGAAAUGAAAUAUUGAACGAGUGACGUAAGGUCACGAUUAAAGGUUGUAAAAUAUUUAUUUAGACUUUAAAGACACGUGCAUAUCAUUAAGUGUGUGCUAGUUUAGAGAAUGUAGUAUGUAAAAAAACCAGACGGUAGUUGUACAUUUGUAUGUUUCAGUGUUUUAGUAGUAUAUUGCUAAAUUUGUGUUUAGUUGAUGACGUAUGUUGUUUUGUGCUUAAUUAAAAUUUAUUAGGUGAAUGUUUUAGAUGAUAUACACGAUUGAAACAACAUAAUUGUCGUCAAUCAUAAAAGUCAUUGUCAUCUGCAACAACAAUCACAACACCAAUAAGAGCAACGUAAGCAUCGGUACUAAAGAUAUUUAUAAAUUGCGAUUAACUAAUGUACUGAUAUAUUUAAAUUGUAUUUACUUGCUGAUCAAAUUAAUAAACAAUAAGCUAAAUUUUGACGUAGAGUGGUGAUGUAACUUUUUUUUGCAUUUCACACUGAUACAGGUGCUCUAUCAAAGAUGUUUCAUAAUUUGUUUUUAAUUUAUUUUGUUUGACUGUGUGCUUGUUCUUGAAAUAAACGCGAAACAAGUA